AUGGCUUCGAAAGUGGUUGGAAAGGCCAAGAAGAAGGAUGUUGUUAAGAUUAUUCAUCCUCCUUUUUUGAAGACUAAUAUUAAGUAAGCUUUAAAUCAUUUUUUACAUUUUUAGUUUUUGUUUUUUGGGUACCUUCAACAAUAUAGGUCUUGCUUCAGUUGUAGAUGAAGGUGUAAAAUGUUUUUUUUGUUUGUUAAUAUUCUUUUUUUUUGUUUUUAGAGCACAAAUGGCUUCUGCAGCUCCACCAUUGGGGCCACAGCUAGGUCAACGUGGUUUGAAUGUAGCCAACUUCUGUAAGGACUUCAAUAACAAGACUGCUCACAUAAAGCCUGGAGCGUUAUUGCCAACUAGGAUUUACAUUAAACCAGACCGAACGUACGAUUUGGAGAUUUGUGCACCAAUGUCAACGUAUCUUUUGAAGAAGGCAGCUGGAAUUAACCGAGCCAAACAAGAACCCGGUGAGAUUUUGUUUUUUUUCUUGGUGUUUAGUUAAAAGUCUUAAAAAGAAGUUGUACAGGCGUUGAGUUUUAUAUUUUUUGUGAUAUUUUUGGAUUUUUAUUCUUUGGGUUUUAUUAUAAAGUUUAGGUAACAAAUUUACUAAAAUAAUCUCGUUGUAAGGAGUCUUUUAACUUUGUGUUUUUAUUUAGACGAAAUUGCUGGAUAUUUGUCAGUGAAACACAUUUAUGAGAUCGCAAAAGUCAAGUCAGAAGAUCGUGCAUUGAAAGGAAUUCCAUUAAAGGUAAGUAUAAUAAGAGUAAGAUAUUUAAAACAAUGUUUAUGGUUUCUUAUGAUAUUAUAUAUAAAUCACAAUAAUAUUAUUCAGGAAAUCUGUGAGAUGAUGGUAAAGACCUGUAGAACCUGUGGAAUAAAAGUGCAACGAGAAGAUCUAGAUCCAGAAGUUUUGGGUCCAUUUUUGGAGAAAAGGAAGGAGAUCGUAGCACAACAACUUCAAGCUUUUGCUGACAAAAAGGCGGCCAAGAUGUUGAGAGGAUGA